CUUACUAGCCCAAGGGGCUGGUGCUGGCCAACUGGGCCCCUGCUGACUAGAGUGGCUAAGAGGGCGGUGGAGCCUUCCCCCAUAAGAAAAAGUUGAACGGUUUUCCAUCUGAAGACCUGAGAGUGACCUCGGGGAACCAGUGAGCGAGGCUGAAUCCAUGGAAAGGAGUCUGGUGUGGCUAUGGGAAAGAGACCACUGGGAAGAGUCCCUGGAUGCCUGGAUCAGGGCACGCUGCAGUCCACCCAACCUUCAGAGAGCAUUCGGGGAGGAAACAGCCACGGGCCCCUUGCGACUGACGUGGGAGUUUCCUGCAUAAACUCCGACUGGGCCGCCGUCAUGCCUUUCCUCCAUGGCUUCCGCAGAAUCAUUUUUGAGUAUCAGCCUUUGGUGGAUGCCAUCCUGGAAUCUCUAGGGAUACAAGAUCCGGAGGGACAGGAAACCCUGGAGAGCCCGCGUUACCCGGCCGAGGACGUCAGCCGGGUCCCGCUGCUCACCGAGCUGCUGGAGCGAGAGGCCCGAUCCCCCUUCUACCAAGAAGGGGUGAGCUACGCCCUGCUGAAGAUGGCCGAGCUCGGGCUGGCCCACGCCGCCGACCACCUCCUGCGCAACGGGGCCAAUCUCAACUUCGAAGACCCGGUGACAUAUUACACCGCCCUGCACAUCGCCGUCCUCCGCAACCAGCCCGACUUGGUGGAGCUGCUGGUUCACCACGGGGCCGACAUCAACCGCAGAGACCGGAUCCACGAAAGCAGCCCCCUGGACCUGGCCAGCGAGGAACCCGAGAGGCUGCCCUGCCUGCGGCGCCUGCUGGAGCUGGGGGCUGACGUCAACGCCGCCGACAAGCACGGAAAGACCGCCCUCCUGCACGCGCUGGCCAGUAGCGACGGGGUCCAGAUCCACAACACGGAGAACAUCCGGCUCCUUCUGGAAGGAGGUGCAGACGUCAAGGCCGCCACGAAAGAUGGUGACACGGUCUUCACCUGCAUCAUCUUCCUGCUGGGCGAGACGGUGGGAGGCGACAAAGAAGAGGCCCGAAUGAUCAACCGGUUCUGCUUCCGGGUCACCCAGCUGCUCCUGGCCCACGGGGCGGACCCCAGCGAGUGUCCGUCCCACGAGUCCCUCACCCACAUCUGCCUCAAGGGCUUCAAGCUGCACUUCGCGCUCCUGCGCUUCCUGCUGGAGUCCGGAGCCUCCUACGACUGCUCCCUCCACGGCCCGUCCUGCUGGUCCGGCUUCCACGUCGUCUUCGACAGACUCUGCUCUCACCCCCGCUCCGGCCCCGAGGACGGCGGCCCCUCGGACCUCCUGCAGAGAGCGGAGACCGUGCUGGAGCUCAUGGUGGCCAGCUCGCAGAGGGUCAGGCUGCCCCCCGGCUUUGAGGUCAGCCCCGCCGGCCGCCAUUCGGAGAGGAUCAAGGCCCUGCACCGCUCCCUGAAGCAGCUGGAGUUCUGCCCCCAGUCCCUGAAGCACCUCUGCCGCGUGUUCAUCCGCCAGCGGCUCCGGCCGUGGCCCGUGGACGCCAAGGUCAAGGCCUUGCCCCUCCCCGACCGGCUAAAGUGGUACCUCCUCAUCGAGCACGGUGGCCCCGGCGACCAAGACAUCUGAUUCGGCCCAGGCGAGCCCCUCCUCCGGGUUUCCGGCGGGGUGAGAACUUGGGGCGCGGCCGUGCCCGCCUGGAGACGAGUGCCCCGAGUGCCAGUCUGUCUGUGUGCCACCGGACCGAACCCUCCUGGGAAGGGGCAGGUAAACCGACUCCGUUCACCUCCGUCUGCAGGUGCGGGACAGCCGGGGGUUCGGACCGUGCGUAAAAAUACGACGUGGGGGCCGGGGGGGAGAAUGCCACCACCUCCCCAUUCUCUAUGGUGUGGGAAUCAGUUUGCAUCUAUUCUAACACAAAGAAAAGCUGUUCUGCCAGCAUUUAGCUGAGGGUGUGGUGGAGGUCUCACUGUUUCUUGGUUUCUCUAGCUGUCUGUCACCCCCCAAAAGCCCCAGGAAAGCGGUCCUUUCUCGCAGGGUGGCGUGGUAAGCCAGCGCACUUUUUAGACAGCCUCCAGCUAAGCCAGUGGCUUUCUGGAAAUUCCCUCCCACACCGGGAGAGAGGGGUGUGCAAUGUAGAAGACGGUUGGAAAAGCAAUCAUGACGGAUCCUCUGCCUCCCCCGGCUGAUUUAAAAGUAAGGCUGAGUGAAUGAACGUUUUAAUCACGUGUGUAAAGCAUUGGUGUUCUGAAUAAGUUGGAGCAAUUAAACCAGGUCUUUGCUAAGUUAAAACGGGGCUGUCACCUCUCUGACUUGGGCAGGGGUGGGGAGUGAAGAAGGUGUUUUCUUCCAGCCUAGGUGACUUUUUUGAGACCGCGUACCUUCUACAGGACCCAAAACUCCCCAGGC